UGCGAGUAAAGUACUUAUAUUCAUUAUAUUUUAUUGUACAACAACGCCAUCUACGUAUAACCGUUGCAUCUACAUCGGGCGGAAAGAUGGCGGCUGGAAGACUAUGACGUUACUAGCAUAAUCGUAUGAUUCGUUUAUACGUAUUCGGAUGCUUCGCUUUUAAACGUUUAUUAUAAUUUGAGACUUUCCAUCGCCAGUAGUAAUACGAAAGCGUUAUUAUUAACGACGUUAAAGAAAUUAUUUGUGUGUUUUUUGUAGGACCAAUGUACGUUGUCCAAGAUGGCCGACAGUGGUGCACAACAGGCCCUCAUGGUCAAUGGAGAAGUCGGUCUUGCCGAAGAUAUCAGUGCCUUGGUGACAUCGCAGACUACUGUUACAGAAGUAAGUACGGCAGAUAUAUUACAACAAGCAUUGGAACAAGCGUCUGGUGAACUUAAUCAAGUUGCUGUUACAUACGAUAAUGUUGAAAAUGCUGUUGCUGUUAUUCACGGAGAACUGCCAGCUGACAGUGGUGCUGUUAUUGUUACCGAAAACAAACAAAUCGAACCCGAUAAUCAAAUGGAAAUGGUUCAUUUACCAGACUCUCAACUUAUUGACAGUACAGAAGCACAAAAUAUACCAGUAUAUCAAACUGAAAAUUCUGCAGACAUUACAAAUGAAGUUGACUCAUCAACUAAUGUUAUUCCUGAUACAGAAAUGGUUGCAGUUUCUUCAACUGGUGAAAAUCCAAAUACAGAUCUCUGUAAUAUUUCCAAUACAGAAGAACUAGAUGUCACUGAUCAAGCACUUGCAGAUUCUGUAAAUCUCGAAGAUGUUUCUGUUAGUCCACAGACGGGUGUCGAUCUAUCUCAUUUAACUUUACCUCCGAAAUCUACUUCGGCACCUUUAGGCUCAAGCGCUAAUCCAAUUCAGAUUAUACAACAAGGAAAUACGUAUCAUUCGACACAAGUUCUUACACAAGAUCAAUUACAACAGAUUGCCCACGUUUUACAGCAGCAACAAGUUAGUAAAGCUCUAAAUAACGGUGGAAAAGCUGUGUUAUAUAAUCCUGCGACAAAUACUCGAAUAAUCUACAGAGUUAUAUAUCCAUCUGAACUGAACAAAACCUCAGAUAGUGAAAGAGAUCAUGACGGUUCUUUUCAAAGAGGUGGACCUUCGUCGAGGGGUAGAGGUCGACCCCGUAAAGGAUGGGGUAAAAAGAAUGAAGAAGAUGAAAACAAAACAGAGGGUCCAGAAUUGUCUAGAGAAGAGAAGGAAAAACGAAAGAAACAUAGACCUCGUACUCGUUCUGGAAGGAUCUCGAAGCCUCCUGCAUAUAUGAUGAGAGAUUAUAAACGCAUUCAUCAUUUAGAUUUUGAUGAAGAACCUUAUGAUGAUUCGGAUGGUGGCUAUUCUGAUUACCAAGUUAGUGAUGAAGAUGGUGAAAAGCGAUCAUAUAAAGCAUGUCAUUUACCUCCUGGUGUUACAACUGCAAAACCAAGAAAUUAUAAAUGUCGUUAUUGUGAUAAAGCUUAUAUUGGACGAGGUGGCUUAGCACGUCAUUUCAGACUGAAUCCAUCACAUGGAAAUAUUAUUGAUAUUGAAGAUGGAAGCACACAAGAUGAGAAUUCAAAUAGCUCUAUGGCAUCAGCAGUUGGAAGCACAACUAUGUCAUCAGGCCAUCAAAUGAAUUUUGGACGCCACGGUUCCACAAGAGGUGAUGAUGAUCAUCAUCAUCCUCGUUCUUAUAACAGUGAAAUAGCUUCUGCUAGGCGGAAAGCUAAAUUGAAAGAUUUCCUAAAUCAUUGUCAAGAAGAAGAAUUGAUGGAAGUUGUAAUGCCACAUUUAUCACAAAAUAUUACAUUAUGGGAAUUUUUAUUGAUGAAAACUGAAUCAUCAAAUCCUUCUCAACCACAUAUACCAGCUAUUCUUGAUCAUUUUGAUUCGUUAUUAAAGCAUAUACAGAAAGUUGCAAAGACGUGUCUUGCACCAACAAGUCCAGAUAGAAAAGAUGAUAAAUUUUGUUAUCAGGUUCACUCUGAAGAUCUUGCUCGUUCAUUAAAUCUUCAAAUUGGUGUAUACGAAGUAAAACAAUUUGCAGAAAAAGCAUCGUUUGGAAUGAAACGUCCUGCACCUGAUGUAGAAAACAUGAAAACUGGUGAAGAGGCAAACCAAAUUGCAGAUCAGAUGAACCCAAGUAAAAAGCAAUGCAUGGAUGAAACUGUAGGUGAAGCACUUAGUAGUACACUUUCAGAUCAAAUUUUAAAUGAAAGUGUAGACAAUAUAGAUCUUUCUGGUUUAAGAGGAAGUUUAGUUUCAGAAAUGGGAAAUAAUCAAAGGAAUGCAUUACUUCAUCAACAAGUAACAGAUGAAUCUGUCUUAAAUAGUUUUGAUUUAUCUGGUGAUAAUUAUAAUGUGGAAGGUAAACUUACAUCAACAUCACAAAAUGCAAUGGUUACCAGUUCUGUUGGAACUGUAUCAAAAUCUCAAAUGCAAGGUAUUUCUCAACAACCAACUCUUCAAGUACGUAAAGUACAAAUAUUUGGUUCGUCUAAAAUUGAUGAAACUAAUGAAAAUCAUGAAGUGCUGGAAGGGUCUAUUGGUUCUAGCCAUGGUACUACUGAAGAUUCAUCAAACAUGCUUGUCAAUAAUAGAGAAAAUAUUUCAGUUAUUACUUCUGAUGGAAGUCUCUCAACAGUAGUUAAUGUACAAGGAACUGCUACAACUUUAAAUGAAUAUUCUUCAGUUACUGGGUUGAUGACAGGAGAGGGCAUUCUUUUAAACAACUCUUCAGUUCCUCCUGGUACAAAUGUUGUCAUAAGUGUUCCUGACAGUACUAUGUCAGGACAACACAAUGCAAUGGAAACUGAAGAUUCUUCAACUUGUGCAGAAGUGAAUUCCUCAGAUAUGUCAGUUGUUAAUACAGUUGAAGCAAAUAAUGAAAUGACUGAAGCUAAUUCCAAAAUUUUGCCAGAAGGAAAUCAAAUUACAUCAGAAGGGAAGAAAGUUUCUGAAAUGAAUCAGGUCGUGUGUGCUGAAAGUGCAGAUGACGGAACUGCUGUAAUUCGACAGUUAGUUCUUCCCGAUGGCCAAGUCAUUGGCACGUGGUCCAUGUGUGGUCAAGUCGAAGGAGUGACAGAACUCGGUGACCAGUUAUCACAAAAUUACAUGCCAAACAAUGUUGUCAUUGUCCAGAAUCCAGAUGGUACAACAACUUUGCAAGUACCCAGUGAUCAGUCCAUUCCACUAGAAACACUUCAAGCCCUACUGGCCAUGGAUCCCACUAUCAUAGGAUCUGCACAAGAAAAUGAAAUUGAGAAAACACAAGUGGAUGGAAAAUCACAAUAAUAUUGACUGAAAAUUUUCACAAAUCUCUAACAUCUCCAAUAUUAAUGUUUUUAUUUGACAUAUGUUGGUGAUGAAUAAAAACUGCAAGAAUUUCCAUGUUGUCAAAAUAUGCAUGGUCUAAAACUUAAUAAAACCUAUUUUAGGUAGAAGACAAAAUUUAAAAAUAUCCAUAUUUUUGGGCAUUGCAAUAAUACAAUGGAUGCUAAUUCUUUCAACUGGAAAGCGAGGGAUUUAAUUUUAUAUAUAUGUGUGUAUAUGUGUAUUUGCUUAUGUACGCACAUAUGUAUAAAUUUGUUUCAUCGUCACUGCAAUUUUAUUUUACAAUAUGGUGCAUACAUCAGACGUUUUCAUUAAUGCACCAUUUGUUUCUGUUUGUCUAUGUACAAAUAUAUAUUUGCACUCCCAUCGGAUACAUGCCCACUAUAUAAUUAGAAUUCCAUCAUAAAUGUUAUUUUUCACAGAGAAAAAAAUUAUUGAAAAUCUAUGUAAAAAAAUUUUUGAAACAAAAUAUAUUUAACAGACACAAAAAUGUCAAUUCUACCAAUAUAUGUCAUCGUCAUAAAACGGAGAACAGUAUUUGUAAAAAAUUCAGAUGGCAUUUGUACCUUUUUGUGUAAUUAGUUUGUCUGCAUAUACAUGUUCAAAUAAGAGUUUGCUAUAAUAAUCAAACAUACUUAAAAAUGCUUGCAGUUUUCUGUUGUUCACUUUCCUCAGGUAAAACUUCCCUAAAUGUCUGUUUUUGUUUCUUUUUUUUUUCCUGAAAUUCUAGAUUCAUUUGAAUAUUAACAUUUAUAUAGACAAAAAUUUUAAAAUGUGUUUCAUGUUUCAUUAUUUAUAUAUCAGAAUGUUUAUCUGUAAAGUCUUCUUAAUUUUUGUGAGUAAACAAAAAACACUCAUUUUCAUAAUAUAGAAAACUUCAUCUAUGUUUGCAUUUCUAUAUUUCUCAUUUAAUAACAAUGCUUCAUUCAUUUAUUAUUAAUUUAUAGUUUCCAUUUUAAUAUUGAUUUUGACAUUAAGAGAAUUUAAAAGAAAGAAAAGCGUGGACUAGUGAUAUUGCACUGUACACCAGAGGAUGACUGUUCUCAGCGACAAACAUCUAUAAAUUUUAAGUUUUCAUCAGAGGAACCACAAUAGUUAUCUUACGAGUGGUCCCAUGCAUUCAACAAUGCACGUCUGGAAGCGUGCAUUGUACGUUCUUGCUUGACGGCAAUAAUUAACGGAAAACGAUUCCGAGGAAAAUCUAAACGGUCCUAAAUGCAUCAGUGACAUUUGUAUUAUUUACUAUUGUCCUUCUGCCAUCUUGUGAUUUAAAGUUAUAGCCAAAUAUUUUUUAUGUAAGAACAAACAUAUUCACCACACACUUGUAAUAAUCAUCAUUUACAUACUGUAAAAUUCCUGUGAUGUCAUUUCAUUGUUUGCAAAUUAGUAGUAAUGUUAUACUUGUAUAAUGGGAUAGUUUGGUAUUCCUUUAGUAUUUUGUUUUCCUGUUGCUAAAUUUAUCAUGUAAUAAUAAAAACAAAACUUUGUGUAUAUGUUUCUUGAUU